AUGAACAGUGAAGUCUUCGGGAUAUUUGUCAUCGGUGCCCUCCGGGAAUCAGGAGAGGAAGAGAGAAACCCCAAGAAAGGUUCCGUGAUCUCAGCUGCCGAUAAGAGCACAGCCCAAGAUGUCACGGUCAUUGUAUUGGGAGCUGGUUGCGAAUUUACGAUUAUAGGCCCCUCUUUCAACAAUAUCAAGUUCCUCUGCAAAAAAGGCAUCUCGAAAGCGGUUGACUCUUCACAGGUCACAAGUGUUGUGUUGGGCUGUAUGCGAAUUGAUACCAAAUUAGUGUUCAGUCAUCGUUGA